AUGGCACCCGUAGCAGCAACGAGCACGACGGGCUUCUUCCAGGUCCAGCCCGACAUCCCAAACCAGUUCAUCGAGGACGCUGCGCUGAAUCGCGCUGCGCACCUCUUCCUAAGCCAGGAGCUGCGUGAACAGCGUUCGCCCGACCUCAUCCGCUUCGCCGAUUUCCUCAGGACGCCCGAAGUCUGGUCCUGGGUUGCCAACGCCGAGCACGACCUCCCUUAUGUUUCCGGCAACGGCUUCCGCGCCUUCGGCACGCCCAACCCCGACCCGCUCGUGACAUCUAACGGAUGGAAGCAGCUGCAGGCGGCGGGCAUUCGGGAAGGCAUCGUUGCCAACGGCUACGAGCACGAGCUCCAGGCCUACGCCCGCGUGCACCAGAUGCUGAAGCUGUACCUCUGGAACCCCGCUUCGGCCACUGUCACUUGCCCCUCGGCUAUGCAGGACGGAGCCAUCUCCGUGCUCCUCCGCGAGCUUCUGCGGAAGGACGUCCCAGGGUACACGGCUGAUCAGCUCCCGCUGCGCAAGAAGGUCUUUGAGUCGGCUCUCAUGCGGCUCAUGAGCCGCGACCCUUCCUACGCCUGGACGAGUGGGCAGUGGAUGACAGAACGCGCGGGUGGUUCGGACGUGGCCGGCACGCAGACCGUGGCGACGCAUGUCGGCCUGGGCGGCAACGAGGUCGACGGCAACGGACACCCGCUCGGCCCUUGGUCCAUCGACGGCUUCAAGUGGUUCAGCUCGGCGACUGACAGCGGCUGCGUCGUUCUCCUGGCCAAGACGGACGACAGCGGGCGCCUGAGCUGCUUCUGGGCCCCGACGCGCUACUACGUCAACGGCGUCGAGCACAUGAACGGCAUCCGCAUCCAGCGCCUCAAGAACAAGCUCGGCACCAAGUCGCUGCCCACCGCCGAGGUCGAGCUCAAGAACAUGCGCGGCUGGCUCAUCGGCGAAGAGGGUCGCGGCGUCGUGCAGAUUGCGACCGUCCUCAACAUCACCCGCCUGUACAACGCCGUGUCGGCCAUGGGCUCGCUGGGCCGCGCGCUCGGCGUCGCUCGAGCCUUUGCCCGCAUCCGCGAGUUCCCCUCUCGCAAGCCGCCCAACAAUGUCCUCCGCACCCUGCCCCUGUUCGUCAAGACGCUCGCGGGCGUGACCCUGACGCACCGCGCUGAUACGCUUUUCACUGCAUUCGUGUCGGCGCUCGUCGGCGCCGGUGACCACCCCGGUGCGCCGUCGGCCCCUCUUGUGCCCAACAACCCCGCGCAGGUGGCCGCGCUAAUCCGCAUCCUUACGCCGGUCCUCAAGUCUUCGACGGCGAAGCACAGCAUCGCCGGCGUGCAGGAGUGCAUGGAGUCGCUCGGCGGCGUGGGAUACAUGGAGAACGUGGAGAACCCCGAGAUGAACCUCGCGUGCCAGUUCCGCAACGCAAACGUCCUCGCCAUCUGGGAAGGCACGACCGACGUGCUCUCGACCGACACGGUCAAGGUCCUGCACGGACGGGGCGGCAAGGCGACCGUUGCUGCGCUCGACGCGUGGCUCCGCUCGUCUCUUCCCGGCGGUCCCGAGUCAGAGGAGGUCCUCACGGCCUGGUCGCGCAUCACGCAGCUGGCCCAGCCCCAGCGUAAGGCCGAGGCGAUCGCGCGCGCCCGUCAAAUCACCUUCGCGCUCGCGGACAUUGUUGCCGCGACGCUCCUCCUCGCCGACGCCGCCAGUGACGGAAACGCACUCGCGCUCGCCAUUGCUCAGCGCUUCGUGCGCCGCUCGGCUACCUUCCCCGGUCUGCAGGCGGACGAGGACGACUGGGAGAAGGAGUGCAAGCUCGAUGCGGCGAUCGCGUUCGAGGGCGAGGCCAACUUGAAGGCUAAGGGCAAGUUGUAA